ACAUAAUGGGUGUAGACCUCCUAAAAAAAAGACGUGUGUAAAAAUAGGAACUGAAGAUAUUUCAAGAGAAAGAAACGAUUCAAUGAUUUGAUCAAAUAAGAUUACUAUGGUUCGAGAGGAAGUAGCAGUAUCUACUCGUACACUAGAGUGGAAGUGUGUUGAAUCAAGAGCAGACAGUAAGCGUCUUUAUUAUGGACGUUUUAUUCUGUCUCCGCUUAUGAAAGGUCAAGCCGAUACAAUAGGCAUCGCAAUGCGAAGGGCUUUACUUGGAGAAAUAGAAGGAACAUGUAUCACACGUGCAAAAUCUGAGAAGAUACCACAUGAAUAUUCUACCAUAGUAGGUAUUGAAGAAUCAGUACAUGAAAUUUUAAUGAAUUUGAAAGAAAUUGUAUUGAGAAGUAAUCUGUAUGGAACUCGCAACGCAUCUAUUUGCGUCAGGGGUCCUGGAUACGUAACUGCUCAAGACAUCAUCUCACCGCCUUCUGUGGAAAUCGUUGAUACUACACAGCAUAUAGCUAGCCUCACAGACCCAAUUGAUUUGUGUAUUGAAUUACAAAUCGAGAGGAGGCGCGGAUAUCAUAUGAAAACACUAAAUAACUCUCAAGAUCUAAGUUAUCCUAUAGAUGCUGUAUUUAUGCCUGUUAGAAAUGCGAAUUAUAGUAUUCAUUCUUAUGGGAAUGGAAACCAGAAACAAGAGAUCCUUUUUCUCGAAAUAUGGACGAAUGGAAGUUUAACUCCUAAAGAAGCACUUUACGAAGCCUCUCGGAAUUUGAUUGAUUUAUUUAUCCCCUUUCUACAUGCACAAGAAGAGGACAUUCAGUUACAGGACAAUCAAAACGGGGUUGCUUUACCUUUUUUUAUCUUUCAUGAUAGAUUGGCUAAAUUAAGCAAAAACAAAAAAGCAAUGGCAUGGAAACACAUUUUUAUUGACCAAUUAGAAUUGUCUCCCAAGUCCUAUAAUUGCCUCAAAAGGUCCAAUAUACAUACAUUAUUGGAACUUUUGAAUAAGAGUGAAGAAGAUCUUAUGGAAAUGAAAGAUCUUGGCCUAGAAGAUCUAAAAAAGAUAGUGAGCAUUCUAGAAAAGGAUUUCUGAUUUACCGAAGAAUAAGUUUGAAAUCCAUUGGAAUUUGUUUUUGAUCUUUUUUUUUUUUCUUUUAGAAAGAAAGAAAAGAAGAAAGGUUUUGAAUCUUCAGCAAAUCUGUAUGUUCGGAAUAGAUCCAGAAUAAAAUGGAAUAGACGUAUCUAGGGGGGAUUCACUUUCAAGCGACCAUUCCCUAGAUACAUACGUCAUAGUAUUUUAUUUUAUGGUUGAAUGAAUUU